GAUUGUUGAUUUAUGGCAUGGGUUGAUAACACUGAGAAACAGUGGACACAAUCACAAUGUGACAUGAGAUGCAUAUCACCGGACCAUGAUGUUGGACAAUGCAUUAGAGGAUAUAAGCUGCUUGCUAACAUUCCUUGGGAUAGGGUUGACGAAGUAAUCAUCCCAGUCAACAUCAAUGACAAAUUCCAUUGGUUUCUUGUUGUAUUCCGAAUCAAAAGUAGAUGUCUAUAUGUAUAUGAUUCGAUGAUGGGAGGAUCUGUUCAUUCAACGAAAGUCAAAGAAGUUGUUGAUAAGCUUGCAACCAUGAUUCCUUUAUUUCUGACGAGCACAGGUUUUUAUGGCAAAAGGCUUGAUUUGUAUGCGAAUAAUCUCCCUGAUUAUCAACAGAAGUCUCACUCUGAACCUCUAAGUAUCAAGAAUGUUACACAUGUUCCUCAACAAGAAGAAAGUUCAAAUGAUUGUGGUUUAUACACAUCUCUAUUUGCCGAAUACAUGAGCAAUGGUGUUUUUGAUAUAUUACAUAUUGAUAUUGAUUCAACAUAUCAUCGUCAAAGAUAUGCUACAUUACUUUGGCAUUAUGAAAAAUCAAAGAAUGAUGAAGGCGCAACCAGUGAAAGUGAAGUUACAGGAACAGUUGCUAGCAAGAAGGGUGGACCUCGAACUCAUAAAGAACAAGUUAUAGACACCACCAAUUAUCCUACUCCAAAAUUCCGUAUCAGGAAGUAG